AUGACAGUGGAGGAUUCCGACGAUGUGGCGGCGAGCAGUGGCGGCUCCAGUGAACGGUGGUGCUGCAACGCUUGGCGUUUUAUUCCAGUUGCAAAGUCUGAGGAUGAUCUCAAUGAAGAUGUGAGCCAUUACGAGAAUUCAGACGUUGAAUUAGCUUUGCCUACUUACAUCAAUCCUGUUCUAGCUAAACUUUUGUCAUCUGCAUUGUUUGAGAAGGAUGGAGGUGUCGACAUGGUCCUCGAUCAGGCACAAAGAUACAGGAAGACCAAGGGAAUCAUAAUUAACACUUUCCUUGAGUUAGAAUCCCAUGCGAUUCACGCCUUGAGCAAUGAUAAAACCAUCCCACCAGUAUAUGCAGUAGGGCCUAUAUUGAAUCUGAAGGGAAGCAAUAGUCAAAAUCAAGAAACUGAGAUGAUUAUGAAAUGGCUAGAUCUUCAGCCAAAAUGUUCUGUUGUGUUCCUUUGCUUUGGUAGUGGAGGUAGUUUUGAUGGUGACCAAGUGAAGGAAAUUGCCUAUGCACUCGAGCACAGUGGAUAUCGAUUCCUCUGGUCAUUGAGAACGCCUUCACCUAAAGAAAAAUUUGAGUUUCCAAGUGAGUAUGAGAACCUGGAUGAAGUCUUGCCAGAAGGGUUCUUGCAGCGAACUGCAACUGUUGGAAAAGUUAUUGGAUGGGCACCACAGGCGGCAGUUCUAUCCCAUCCUGCUAUGGGGGGCUUUGUUUCUCACUGUGGUUGGAACUCAAUAUUGGAAAGCGUUUGGUGCGGUGUGCCAGUGGCAACUUGGCCGCUUGAUGCAGAGCAGCAGGAGAAUGCAUUCCUAAUGGUGAAAGACUUGGCAAUGGCAGUGGAGAUCAAAAUAAAUUUCAAAAGGGAUUUCGUAAUGGGUGUGAGUAGUGAGAUUUUGAGUGCAGAUGUGAUUGAAAGAGGGAUUAAACAUCUAAUGGAUCCUGAGAAUGAGAUCAGAGAGAAGGUGAAGGAAAUGAAAGAGAAGAGCAGGUUGGCUCCUAAUGAAGGAGGAUCAUCCUUUUCUUCCUUGAGGCGUUUUCUUGAAGAUGUUGCAGAUAACAUUCCAUGA